AUGAGCGACCUCGACAAGGCCAUUGCGCAGCUGCGCGCAUGCCGACCGAUCCCAGAAGCGCAAGUUCGGGAGCUUUGUCACAAAGCGCGUGAGCUUUUGAUUGAAGAGGGAAACGUCGUCACUGUAUCGGCGCCUGUCACGAUAUGCGGUGAUAUUCAUGGGCAAUUCCACGACUUGAUGGAGUUAUUCAGAGUUGGGGGUGACGUUCCUGAUACAAACUAUCUAUUCAUGGGCGAUUUUGUCGAUCGCGGUUUCUACUCACUAGAGUCGUUCUUACUGUUACUUUGUCUAAAGGUCCGAUACCCCGAUAGAAUGACUCUAAUUCGCGGAAACCACGAGUCUCGCCAGAUCACAACGGUUUACGGUUUUUAUGACGAGUGCAUAAGAAAGUAUGGCAGCGCAAAUGUUUGGCGCUAUUGUUGCGACGUUUUUGACUACCUGGCACUUGGUGCUAUCGUGCUGGGCGCCUCAAACACCAUGUCACCUGGUGUAGAGCCCGUCGACGACGAGACCGAAAUCGAAGUUUGCGACCAGAACGGCUCCAUCAUGAGUCGAUUUCCCCGACGCCGACCAGAUGAAAAUUCGCAAGACCAGAUUCAGAGCCCAGGGGGCACCGCGAUGGACAAGACAGGCCCACCAGGAUCAGGCGCUUCAGGGUCAAGUGGUGGCUCUGUCGGAAAUCCCGCUGGAGCAGUACUCUGUGUUCACGGUGGCUUGAGUCCUCUGGUCGAUACAGUGGAUAAGAUCCGACUGAUAGACCGGAAGCAAGAAGUACCUCACGAGGGAGCUAUGUGCGACCUGCUCUGGUCCGACCCCGAUGAAAUCGAUGGCUGGGGUCUUUCGCCGCGAGGAGCAGGCUUCCUAUUCGGUGCAGAUAUUGUGAAGGUUUUCAACCAUCGCAACGACCUCAGUCUUAUUGCACGCGCUCAUCAACUUGUUAUGGAGGGAUUCAAGGAAAUGUUUGACGCUUCUAUUGUCACUGUUUGGUCUGCUCCAAACUAUUGUUAUCGUUGCGGCAACGUCGCUGCUGUUCUUGAACUCUCUGAGGAUGAGUCUGGCACGGGCCUGUUUGCCCGUAGCAACGGUGAUGUGGGAAGAAGCGAUGGCGGCGCCGGAGUUAUGAUGGAGGGUGCCAUGCCGCCUAGAAGCGGACCUGCACGGAGAUACAGAGUCUUCCAGGCUGCGCCACAAGAUUCGCGGGGCAUGCCUGCUAAAAAACCUGUCGCUGAUUACUUCCUGUAA